CAGAAGCUUUGCACUACAUGUACUUUUUAGAAGUCCAUAAAUGAAAUACAAAUUAUAUAGUUACUACAGCGCACGAGAAUAUGAAUGUUGGAAUGGCUACACAAAAAAAGGGGAAAAGUAUGACGAAAAAGGAAUUUGUGGCAUUCCGCGCUCAAUACGAGCCACGGGUGAAGAAACUAGAGCAUGAUGUCUUCGAGUGGCUCCGCUCCCUGGACAAGGACAGGGAAAUCGUAAAGGUGAAAUCGGAACACAACAACGGCAAUGGAAACACGGAAAAAAAAAUGGUCAUGUCCUGGCAGUAUGAUAUGAAGGAGUUUUCAUUUGAGGAGAUUACCCUUUAUCACGAGGGUAGCUCCUUGCAUCUACGUGCGUACCACAAGUCUGGUGGAAAGUCCAUCAAAGUGAAGAAUGAAAUUGUUCUCCCCGAGCACGUUGACGAAUCGAAAAUAUCCAGCAAACUGUCAUCCAGUGGCAUUCUGACUAUUUCUGUGGCUCUCAAAACCGAUAUUCCUGAAGAAAAGAAUCGUUAAAUAUUUAUAUAUACAUUUUCUAGACUCGCUACUUCGAUGUUUGUUCAAUACAUGUUUCACCUGAGGAACCAAUUUAUAUGCAAGUUUUUAGUAUUGUUUAUUAUUUAUUAA